AGAGGCUGAAGUUGUCAUUUUGCUACUGAGCACCAAAGGAGAAAGAGAGCACAUAUUUCUUCGGGGGACUCUACUAUUGGUGGUUGAGAAAUGGGCGACUGGAGUUUCCUGGGGAACAUCUUGGAAGAGGUGAAUGAGCACUCCACAGUCAUUGGCCGAGUCUGGCUCACUGUGCUUUUUAUCUUCCGGAUCCUUAUCCUUGGCACAGCUGCUGAGUUUGUGUGGGGGGAUGAGCAGUCCGACUUUGUGUGCAACACCCAGCAGCCAGGCUGCGAGAACGUCUGCUACGAUGAGGCCUUCCCCAUCUCCCAUAUCCGCCUAUGGGUACUACAGAUUAUCUUCGUCUCCACACCAUCAUUGGUGUACGUGGGCCACGCCAUGCACCACGUGCGCAGGGAAGAGAAGCGCAAGGAGCGCGAGGCAGAGGAGCUGUGCCAACAGGCAGCAGGCAACUGUGGCGAGAGGGGACCACUCCCCCCUGACCAGAGCAGUAUCAGGAAGAGCAGCAGCAGCAGCAAAGGCACCAAGUUCAGGCUGGAGGGCACCUUGCUGAGGACCUACAUCUGCCACAUCAUCUUCAAGACCCUUUUUGAGGUGGGCUUCAUAGUAGGCCACUACUUCCUGUACGGGUUCCGGAUCCUGCCCCUCUAUCGCUGCAGCCGGUGGCCCUGCCCCAACGUGGUGGACUGCUUUGUGUCACGGCCCACGGAGAAAACCGUCUUCAUCCUGUUCAUGUUGUCUGUGGCCUCUGUGUCCCUCUUCCUCAAUGUUCUGGAGAUUAGCCACCUAGGCCUGAAGAGGAUCCAGUCUGCCUUUAAGAGGUCCAUAGAGCAGCCACUGGGGGAUAUUCCAGAGAAGUCCCUCCACUCCAUCACUGUCUCCUCCAUCCAGAAAGCCAAGGGCUACCAGCUCCUCGAAGAAGAGAAAAUAGUGUCCCACUAUUUUCCUUUGACUGAGGUGGGCACGGUGGAGACCAGCCCACUUUCUGCCAAGCCUUUCAGUCAGUUUGAGGAGCAGAUGGGCACAGGGCCUCUAGGGGACUUGUCUGUGGCUUACCAAGAGACACUGCCUUCCUAUGCUCAGGUGGGAGGACAGGAAGUUGAGGGGAUCGAGCAACCAGUAGAGGAAAGAGCAGAACCCAAGGUGGUUGAGAAGAGGCAGGAAGCAGAGAGAGUGAGCACAGGAGGGCAGGGGACUGCAGCAGUGUUGGAGCCAGGGGCAGUAGAGACUCCCAGAGUGAGGAAGGAGGGUGAGGAACAAGAGCUGUUGGCUGAGAAGGUGUCAAAGCAAAGCCUGCCCACUGAGAAGGCACCUUCCCUGUGCCCAGAGGUGACUGGGGAUGAUACCAGACCCCUAAGCAGACUGAGCAAAAACAGCAGCCGGGCCAGAUCAGAUGAUCUAACAGUAUGA